UGAUCUGUACAGACGACACAUGGCUGGGUGCUAGAGCGAUGGAAGUACAAGAGGCGGCCAUGGACCUACCGGCCGUCGUCGAGCUGAACGUCGGAGGGGUGUUCUACACGACAGCACUCACCACACUCACCAAGGACCCUGAGUCAACACUCGCCAACUACUUCACCAAGGCGCCGCCCCCGAAGGAUGCCAAGGGCAAGUUCUUCAUCGACAGAGAUGGUGUACUCUUCCGGUACGUCCUGGACUACCUACGCAACCAGACGUUGGUGCUUCCAGAGUGUUUCCGAGAGAAGGAGCGCCUACGACAGGAGGCGGUGUUCUACGGCCUCCAGGGGAUGGUGGAUACGAUCACGACUCCACCGACACCAAUGCCAGGGAAGCAGCCCGGGUUCAUCACGAUCGGGUACCGCGGGAGCUUCGCGUUCGGUCGUGACGGUCUGGCGGAUGUCAAGUUCCGGAAGAUCACGAGAAUCCUGGUCUGCGGGAGAGUGACUCUCUGUCGCGACGUGUUCGGCGAAACGCUCAACGAGAGUCGAGACCCUGACCACGGCCUGUCAGACAGGUACACGGCGAGGUUCUUCUUGAAGCACUCGUCCAUCGAGCAGGCGUUUGACAUGCUGCAGGAGCAAGGGUUCCACAUGGCUGGGUCCUGUGGGUCCGGCACGGCUGGAGGGACCGCCGCCGACCUCAAGCCCGGCAUGGACGCCGAGGAGAGUCGUUGGAAUCAUUACAACGAGUUCGUCUUCGUCCGCGACUAAGACCGAGAGAGGCUUUCAUCCAAACUCGAUAUUUAACCGAAACAAUAAGGUACCUCGAUUUAAUCGUCUACGAAUAUAUCAUUUUCUACUGUAUUCGAGUGAGUGACUUUCUUGUAAAGGAAUUUUGUGAUUUUAUAGCUACUAUUCGUUAAACGCUGUAUGAUUCCCCGAGAGUUUGAGCCCGCGUUCGUGUAGUGUGGAUGGUGGAGGUUGGAAGAUGGUUUGUGAAGGUGUAAUUGUGUAGUGAGGACCAUAUCAACAUCUCAGUAGUUGCUACUGUAUUACCAAUGUCAGGUAACUCCAAGCUUUUAGACAUUAACCUAUGUUUACCCCACGUCAUGUAUCUUCGGAUGAUUUUGGGUAGUACCUUAUUCUAUCUAACAUAAUAUCUUUGUCUGUGGUGCUGUUACAUUUGUGUGAUUAUAAAGUUACCCUAGUAAAUAAGAUUUUGUUGUUGAGUUUCCACUUGAUAAUUUAUUUAUAUAGUUAGAAUUUUCGGUCCGCUAAAUCGUUGAAAACAAUUUAUUAAGUAGAAUUUACCGUAGUUACUUGGUUUCAGCUAUAAAAGGAUGAUAAAAAAUAACCAGUAUAUCCAACCAAUUUCACAAAUUGAUUCAAGCUAAUCAAUAAAGCAGUAGAUAUUUCAUCAAUUUGUCGCUAAAGUGUGAGUAAAUCACAGACAAUCGUGGGAGAUUUGUUUACAUUUCUAGACUGAUAAAAAUAUUUAUCUAUUCUUUAUUUCAAUCUAAUUAACUUCCAAUAGAGAAAAUAACUGUAAACUUUAAAAUAAACCCUCAAGGUCCAACUAGUUAACAUUACAGUAUUACAAAGACUAACUGAGGCAGUAUUAAUUUUUGAUGGUGUUCUUCAAGAGGCUCCAAAAAGGCCAAAAUGGUCUUUCAAGAGCUCCACUCGAGACGGCCUGGAGAAAAAAUAUUUUAUCUCUAAACCGAAAGUUUUUCUCUAUUUUUCUAUUUCCUAUAAGAACAAUAAAAGUAUCACUUUAAGGUUGCAUUGCUUACGCGUGUGUUUGGACGCACAGUGAUAACUCCUUCUCUAUUCUUCUAUACCUAAUGUAUUUAAGAUAUAUUCUUGACAAGAAAAGAAUUUUAUUUACGUAGUCCUGUCUUUCCUAUGUACAUAUUUACGGGGUAGACCGGCAGCCAAGUGGUAGCAACGGUAGUCUAUUCUGUUAGAUUCGCAUAUUGUAGGUCGAGUAGUAGUAAGUAUAUGUGUUUUGGCCCAAUCAUAUCCCAUGUAGCCGGUGGGUAUCACAGGGUAGGGGUCCGCAGCACCAAUCACUAGAACAUUAUAUAUAACAUUUCAUUUUAUUACUAAACCGAAUGUAAGAUAUAAUUUUAAUAAUGUGAUCAUUAAAAGAUAUUAGAGACAUUUU